AUGACGUUUGAGGGGUCCCGCGGGAGGCGGAAGAGGCGGCGGGUCGGGUCAACCAAAAAACCGGCGUUUAAUCUUGACGCGCGCGGCGGCGUCUGUUUCUUCGCUGAUCCUAGCCACUUGCGACCAUCAAAACAUCUCCUGAGGCAUGAUCUUCUGAACGACACUUCUCUUGAAGGCGAUGCCAAUGCCAGUGUGAAUCUUUACACCUCUCCUUCUCCCUCGCAGUUCAGAGCUGCGCCUGCCGCUGCGCCUGUCGCAACUCCCGCCUCGGAGGGGCCAGGCACCCCAGGCAAAUGGCGCCAUCCUCAACUGAGUGAGGUUGUGCGACGCCAGAAUGCUGCAACAUUCAAUGAUAAGAACCUGCGGAGCGUGGUCUGGAAUGGAGCCACUCUGAUCUCGACCUGGGUGUUCGGGGGUACAUUGAAGUCAUACGCUCGUCGCAUCUACGACAGUGACCCGGUCUACCACCACCUCCCUUUGUUCCUUCUGCAGGCGCUUCUGCUCUUCAAUAUUCUCCUGGCUCUGUACCCUCUCUUCAAGCCAAAGGAUGACCUCUCUGAUAUCCCGCUCACCCCUACCCAACGUGCACUCUUGGGCCUGGACCCCGGCGCGGCGCCUCCUGCUACUCCCGGAACUACCUACGUUACCCCACCCCGUUACCGCCUGUCCACUUCGCGCAAAGCAAGCCCUGUCAGCGCGAGUCGCCAAGCCACCUCUCCAUUGUCCUCAACCCCUACCUAUACAGACCGCCGCGUUUCCUCUGGAACGCCAUUCUCUCCAGCAUCGAGCCCCUUGUUUAAUAAGGCUGUCGCGACUGGAGGCCGAGAAUCGGGUCGGAGACUGAGCAUUGGGUCCUCGUCCCCUCUGGCUCGAAGCAACUCGUUCGGGGAAUCCACCCUGUCUAACAUGUCCACCAUGUCCGGCAUGUCUAGUAUUGGACCUAGCACACCUUCUCCGCUUAGUGGAAAACGCCGCAGCUUGGGUGUGAGCAACAAGUGGCUCUACGAAAGAAGCCGGAGGCUAUCUGCUAGCAACGGCGCUAUCUCUCGCUGUGAGCGACCGGUCUCUUCAGCAAUGGGGGCCUCGGAGUCAAAGCUUGUCUUUAAGCAGGGCAUCUUCCGCCUGUCGGAGGAGAAGGAGAUCCCCGCAGACGACCCCUACUGGACGAGAUUCUGGGAACUCCCUGAAUCUACAGAGGACGUCUUCAGCUUAUUCACGCCAGCUGACAUCCGCCGAACGCGCGACCAUGCCUUAUCCAACUUCGAAACCCUGUUACUUUCAGUCUCAUCUCGACUGAUAGUACUCAAGAAUCAUCCCUCCUUUCCAGACCCAGACCUUGCCCCGGAGCGCGAUGUGCUCAACUGCAUUCGAAUCCUCACUCGCUUGCUCCCCUUCGUCUAUGAAGCCGAACACCUGGAGGAUUGGGAAGAGAAGUUCUUCUGGGCGCGUCGCAGGAAGAAGACUCGACAGGCACAAAUCGCUGGGGAAGUUCUGUUCGAUGAAGCGCAGCCGGAUCAGCAGGAUGGGCUGUCCCCGCGCGCAGAGGAAUAUGAGGAUGUAAAGCCUCUGGCGGAGGAGCUUAUCGACACGCUGCUUGACCUCCUGUUCUUCGCAGAUUUCACUAUCCCAGUGCUUCCGACUGCGAAGAGUAAGAUUUCAUACUCGAUCUGGCAAAGUGGUGUUGGCUGUAACACGGCGAUGGGAUCGAACAAGACCCUGGAGAACAACCGGUGCGAGGUUCUACGACUACUGCUGACAAUGACUGGAAAGGCAAUGUAUCUGCCAUCGAACACACUGCCCGUGCAAGGUGUCAAGGCCAUUACCUAUAUCACCACUUGCCAAGAUAAGCAAUCCGUGCUGACGCUUUUGUGUUCUCUCCUGAAUACGGCUAUGAAAUAUAACCCGGCAGCAUGGCGCGUCCCCUAUGACCACGUCGUGUGGAAGGAUCCCAAGCAAAUCCUGGUGAUCUAUUGCUUGCAACUUCUCCUCGUUCUCCUCCUAUAUCCGAUUCCAGAAGAUGGCCGUGGUGCUCCACCAAAGAACUACUAUCGCCAUUACUUCGGAAGAUUGCACAGGCCCCAAGACUUCCAAUUCCUGGUGGAUGGGAUGACAAGGAUUCUGAAUCAGCCUAUGCAAGCCACAACUUCAUAUCUUCCUGGGAGCCAAAGAUCGGUCAAAUGGGCCCCAGAGAUAUUGAUUCUUUUCUGGGAGACAUUGCAAUGCAACAAGCGAUUCCGAUCAUUCAUCAUCGACUCUAAUCGCUCACACGACUUUUUGAUUCUAUGCGUCUUCUAUGCCAUGGAAUACAGGACAGAGCCGUCCAAGCAAGGAGUUGUGCGGCUCUGCAUCUUCAUUCUUCAAACCAUGAGUGCGGAGCCAAACUUCGGAAAGAGCCUAAAUAUGAAGUUUGAGGCACAAGAAACCUUACCGCAAUCUAUCCGGCUCCUCAAGUUCCGUGGCAGUUAUGCCGAUUAUCUCAUCAUGUCAAUUCAAACCCUCAUGACUACCAGCAAGGGAAAUCUGGAUACCGUCUAUCCGGCGCUUCUCAUUAUCCUCAACAAUGUUGCCCCUCAUAUCAAGCAUAUGUCCCCGAGCGCCUGUUCCAAGGUGAUUCAGCUUUUCUCUUCAAUGUCUGCACCAAGUUUCCUGCUGGCCAAUGAGACAAACCACACUCUUCUAGCAUCAUUGCUUGACUUUAUUAAUGCAGUUCUUGAGCAUGGCUUCACUGAAAACCCGUACCUUGUUUACGCGGUCCUUAAAUACAAGGAUCGAUUUGAAGCCGUCCGGGCAUUCACACUGGAAAGCGGACAGCAAGAAAUCGAACGCCAGAGAGAAAAGCGCAAAGCUGGAGACACGUCGGGUGACCUGGUUACCAGUCCCACGCUUUCCCACUCUGAAGAAGAUCUCCAUGCUCCUUCGGGUGCUAGAUCGCCGCUGACGCGCAUCCCAGAGGAGAACAGCGCAUUUGCUAUUGGAGAUGACGAUUCUGACGACGAGGCAGAAGAGGGAGAUCAACGUACACCUUCCCAAUCCUCACCGUCCGCUCAGACCUCCCGCAGGCCUUCGUUUGCCUCAACAGUGGAUGAGACUGGCUCUCAAAUUAGGGGCAUCUCCGAGAAGGCGCGCGGUAAACUACCGGCUGGACGGCCUUCUUUCUCGCGACAGAACAGCAUGACCAGCCAGACCAGCAUGUCUGCCUUGUUCUCUGUAUCGUCGACUGGUUUCACGCCGACAGUGGCUUGGCUCGAGUCCUGGUUGCCAGAGCUUCCUCUUCACACUAUUCUAACCCUCAUCUCCGCCAUCGCGCCACACAUUCCCGACGCAGCUCUGCAAGCUACAUCUAGCCCUGAAGCACGCACUCUGAUCCACAACCUGCCGUCUUUCGCCGAGGAGCCCCAAGUCACCAGCAUCAUUUCAGAUCCUACGCCUGUUCGUGCCCAAUCUUUCGAAUGGUCGGCGCUUUCAAUGGGUUGGUAUGAAUCGCUCCUCUGGGGCUUCAUCUUCUCCAGCGAGAUGGUCGUUGGUUCUGCCGCGGGCGCUACUCCAGGCACUGUCGGUGUCUGGAACGGUACUGCUAUUCGACUCUUCAGGGUGCAAGAAGCGGCCGCUCAAGGCCCUACCUUACUUGCACCCAAGGGUGCCGUUGAUGCUGUGGGCAGCAACCUGGUCCAGCGCAUUGGAAACCUCAGUCUCCGGGGCCGCAACUCGGUGUCCCAAGAAUCUGCAAGUGGUGCCUCCCCAAGCGUACGGGAAGUUUGA